CAGGCCCGUCGGCUUCGGCAGGCAGUGCAGUUGGAGGAGGAGGGGGCCCCGGAGCAGCAGCAGCAGGAGGAGGAGGAGGAGGGGGGCAGCAGGCGGGUGGCGGCAGCUGUCCGCUGGGUUACGCGGAUGUGCUGGGGGUGACACUGGACGUGGCGAGGGCCAUGCUGCACAUGCACAGCGAGAACAUCGUGCAUGGAGACCUCAAGGCCCGCAACAUCCUGCUCAAGAGCGGGGGCUGCGGGGACGGCCGCCCCUACGUGGCCAAGGUUGCGGACUUCGGGUUGAGUAUGCGCAUGGACCCGCACGAGACGCACGUGUCCAAUGUCUACCAGGGCACCAUCACGCAUAUGGCGCCCGAGGUGUUGCUGCACGGCAAGGUGUCCAAGAUGAGCGAUGUGUACGCAUUCGCCAUCCUCAUGUGGGAGACCUACACCGGCGGCCAGGCGUUCAAGGGCACCCCCCGCGCGCUGCUGGGCCACGAGAUCACCAAGAUGAACCGCCGCCCGCAGUUUCCGUACGACACACCCUUUGAGUACCAACUGCUCGCCUGCCGCUGCUGGGAGAGCGACCCCACCAUCCGACCCACCUUUGAGCAGAUCAUAGCCGACCUCAGCCGCAUGCGAGCCAAGCUGGCGGCCGGGGGGUGGCAGCGGGGAGGAGC